UUGAUGAUAUACUAAUAUUUUCACAUUCUAUUGAUGAACAUUUCAAAAAUCUCAAAACAUUCUAUUACGUUGCUAGAAAGAAUGGUCUUGUUGUUUCCAAAACAAAAAUGUCCCUAUUUCAAACAAAGAUCAGAUUUUUAGGUCAUUACAUAUCACAAGGUAUGAUAACCCCUAUUGAAAGAUCUUUAGAAUUUGCAAGUAAAUUCCCAGAUAAAAUUAUUGAUAAAACUCAAUUACAAAGGUUCCUUGGAAGUCUCAAUUAUGUUUUAGAUUUCUGUCCUAACACUACAAAAAAAGUCUCCAUUAAUAGCACAUUGUUAUAGCACGUUUUACUGAACUGCUAUUGUAGAUGAGCGAAAAAUUAUCGUACUAUAUAAUAGCAUUAGAUAAACGUUAUUAUAGAGUGAAACGUAAAAUAGCGCUUAAUUAGUGCUAUUUUAAAAAUUAAGUGAGCAGGAAGUUAAAAUUACUGAUUUUACCAAUAAUUAGCAGAAAAUUAUACUUAAGCGCCGAAACAUUAUUUAAGCAGUUUCAGUAAUACUAUCAAAAACAUAUUAUAGCAUUUUUCUAACGCUAAGAAAAGCUAUUUGAACCCCUAAACCCUAAACAUGGUUUUAAACCCUAAACUCUAAAAACAACCUUUAAAACUCUAAUAUUUUCAUAUUAUAACUUCAAAAUUUAAUCUUCUUAAUCUUAAACUAUAAUUUUCUAACACAAAUCUUUACUCUUUAAUCAAACUUUAUAUCCUAAAUCCUAACUUCAAACAUAAAUUAUACAUUCAAUACUCUAAAUAUAAACUUCAAACUUUAUAUCAUAGAAUACUAAACUUUGUUUUAAAACACUAAACUUUAUUUAUGUAACUUAUAUCAUAAAACACUAAGUUUAUUUUAUAUUUCAAACCUUAUAUCUAAGCUUCUAACCCUAAUUAUUUUCUAACUCUUACUUACAAAAGUAACAAAAUAUUAAAUCUUCAAACCUUUAUUAAAUUUAUAAUUUUUCAAACUUUUCAAAAAACCUUGACUUCAUACACUAUAUCCACACUUUAACCUCAUAUCCUAAAUUUAAACUCAAAAUUUAAUCUUAUAUCCAAACUUUAAUCUCAUAUCUUAAAUUUAACCCUAAUAAUUCAUACUUUAACCUCAUAUCUUAAAUUUAAACUCAAAUUUUUUCUUUUUAUUUUAAACUAUAAAUCCCAUUCUCCGAAUUUUAAACCCUCUAUCAUAAACAUAACUUUAAAGUUUUAAUUUUAAUAUUUUAAUUUUCAUAUUAGAAAAAUUCAAAAGCUUGAUAUAUAAAUUUUACAUCAUCUAACAUAUAAAUUAAAUAGAACUGUAAAUCAAAAUUUUAUAUAACUUUACCAAAGAUAAAAAAAUCAAUUAACAAAGAAAAUUGUUAUGGACCAAUGAUAUCAAAGUACUCAGAUCACAACCUCCACCAUUGGAUUAGAUUAAUCCAACAGACCACAUCAAAUCCCUCUUUAUCUUUCUCUUUCCUCUCCAUUUUCUUCGUCUACGACAUUCACUCUCUUCACUCACGAAUCUGCUCACUUCUUCUUCUUUCUUUUCUCUUUAUCUCUUUGGUUCACUCAUGUCUCUGCACAUCUCUCUCUAUCUCUAUCAAAAUUUUCUUUUAAUUUCAUCUCCUCUUCACCACCACCACCGGCGGCCUUCAUGUUCGUCACCACCACGCUCUUUUGAUUUCGUCGCGUUCUUCACCACCGUCACGCUCAUCACCAACACCACAGAUCUGAGAAGGAGAAGUAGUGGUGUGACAGAGCGGCAUCUCCGGUUAAGCGUGGUGCGGCAGCGGUGCAAAGCCGGUAGCUUGUUGCUGGUUCGUGGACGGUGGCUGAAGCUUUGUGAAGGUGGCGAUGGUGGCUGAAGCUUUGUGAAGAUGGCGAUGGUGGCUGAAGCGUCUAUUAGGUUUAGAUUUAGGUUUAGUUAAUCAAUUGGUUUAGUUAGGUUUACAUUAAUUAAUUGGUUUAAUUAGGAUUAGAUUAAUAUAUUUAUGUAUUAUUGGUUAAGUUUUGUAAACCGGGAUUAAUUUGUAAACCAAUUUUAAUAUAUAAAUAAUAUUUAUUUUAAUUUCAAUAUAAAACAAUUUUCUGUUUAAUAUUAAAUUAUUUUAUUUCGAAUUAUAAUUAAUUUUUGCUUAUUGUAGAAAGAUCUAUCAUAGCACGAAUAUAUAAAUCGUAAUCAAUUUGUAACAAAAAAAUAGUGUUAUAUUUAAGUUAAUAACAUCAUUCAAAUAUUGCUAUCGUAUCUGCACAUUUCAUAGCAUUUAAAAAAAUGUUAUCGUAGAAAGGGUAUCUAUGAUGGCUGCCGAUGACAUAGCAUUUUAACUUUCGCUAUGAAAGCCCUACUAUAGCGUUUAUCGUGUGCUAAGAAUGUGCAUAUUUCUUGUAGUGUAAUAUAAAUAGAAUAGCUAAACCGUUGCACAAUCGUCUAAAGAAAAAUCCAGUUCCUUGGACAAAAGAAUAUACUGAAAUAGUUCAAAGGAUUAAAAAACAGGUCUUAGAAAUCUCAUGUCUGCACAUAGCAGAUCCGGAUUUAGAGAAAAUCGUAGAAACAGAUGCUUCUGAUAUAGGAUAUGGGGGUAUUCUUAAACAAAAGAAGUUAGAUGGUCGCGAAAGUAUUGUGCAAUUUACGUCAUCACACUGGAACGACACCCAAAAGAACUAUUCUACUAUUAAAAAGGAAAUCUUGAGUAUGGUUUUAUGUAUUCAAAAAUUUCAAAGCGAUCUUUUAAAUAAAAAAUUUCUUUUAAUAAUUGAUUGCAAAAGUGCUAAAGAUGUUUUACAAAAGGAUGUGAAAAACCUUGCAUCAAAACAAAUUUUUGCGCGAUGGCAGGCGAUUUUGAGUAUUUUUGAUUUUGAAAUUGAAUUUAUAAAAGGAGAUUCAAACUUUGUCCCAAAUUUCUUGACAAGAGAAUUUCUCCAAAACAGGUACAAUGCCUCCGAAGAAGAUAAUUGACAAAGGCAAGGGAAUUUCCCUGGAACCAAUCUCAGAAAAACCCGAACCUACAAACACUAGCCCAAAAACAGAACCCUGGAUCUCAGUAACAAAAAAGAGUGCUAAAAAGGAAGAAAUACCAACCACCCCAAAAUCUCUUCAAUCUCCAGAAGCUAUCAUGAAUCAAAUGUUACAAUUGCAAAAAGCUUUCGAGCUUAGUUUUUCAAAGCAAGAGUCGGGAGAAUCUUCCAAAAACCUUCCUUCUCAAGCUAUUUCAAAAAAUAACGAGGUCCCUUCAAAAAUGAUUUCAAGAGAAAACCAGACCUCAAAAAUUGUUUCAAAACCUUCAAAUAAUUCACAAAUUAUUUUGAAGCAGAUUUCCCAAACCACUCCAUCGGAGUAUUUUGAAAAACACACAUACCAAAAUAGUAUAAACAUCGAAAAGGGAUUUUUUGUGAACAAUGAUCCGUUUUUAACAAUCGAAAAAUAUUUUGGCAAAAACAAUUUCUUUAAACCACAUAAUACAAAUAAAACUGUGUUAUUCUUUCAAACCAUUUUGGAAAUUACAGAUUCAGUGUCCUUCAAACAUUUUUAUCUAAACGAAAACCACACUGAUGCUGCUUAUUCCACAUUCAAAAUCCAUAAAAUCAUUGCGCCAUGUGAUUGGGAAUAUGAUCUUAACGACAAUUUAAAUUUUCCAGAAGAUCUUAAAAAUCUUCCUUGUUACAAUGUCCCCUUUAACUAUUGGGAUUAUUGCCAAGCAUGGUACAAUUCUUUUUUGAUCCAAUCUCCUAAACACAAACACACGUGGUUGAUCUUCUUUGACACCACCUGUAACUUAUCCAAAUCUCCCUAUUGGUUCAUACCAUGGUGGAACUACUUUGGUUCUGUCACAGAAAUAUUUAAACCCAAUAUCCAAAAAUCAUUCCAAAUCUUCAAGACAAAUUUCAUUCCGUCUGAAGAAGAAAAGAAAUUUCCCCCACUAGCCCUCUUCCACUCAAAAUUUCAUUUUCCUUGGGUUUUUUCAUGGACCCUAGAAUUUACUUCUGAUCCAAUUCCUGUUAUCCGAAGAAAAUUCAGAGUCAAGUGGUGGGAUAAAUACAAAAUUCCCUCAAACCUUUACCCGUCAAAUAUUCUUACCUGGAUAAAAGAACAAAACUCAAAAAUCCAAACACAGAACCAAACACCAGAGACAACCUUUUUCUUGGCUCAAAAAUCCAAAAUGUUAGCAAUGUUGGCAGGUGCAAAAUCUGAAGAAGAAAUUAAGGCUAUCUCCUUACAAUUUCUACCGUCAAUGUCAGAUCAAAUCUCUCGUACUUCAGGGAGUGAUUCAGGGUCCCAAGUGCCAGAUAUCGAUGAGGAAAUUUUUGGCAACAGUGGAGUUUAAAUCUCUCUCCCCAAGAAAUGCAAAUCUCCUCAAAAUCCAAAACGUAUCUUUGUUGCAACUCUGUCAGAUACGGUUACAUUGUUACGAAUAUUUUCCACGAUCUCUUGUCGCAAUACCCGAUAAAAAUCCAAAACAUCAAAUAAGUGCUUUCUCCUGUAGCCAUGAAGACCAAGGUCCACUUCCAGCAGACAGCAAACAAUUAUGGAGCUUAAUGGAGCAAGCUUUUGCUAGUGGAGUUAUCCAUAUAUGCCACUUUUAUUUUUAUUUUUAUUUUUAUUUUCUUAGUUUUACCCUUGUAAACUCCUAUAUAAAGGAGUCUUUGCUUCAGUUGUAAACCAAGUUCUCAUUCUCCCAUUCUCCUACUCUUUCAUUCAUAUCUCCUCUUACAUUCUCUCCAGUCCUUGUAAUCGAGAACAUUGCUACAAUCUCUUUUUAAGUAAGUUUUUAAUGAAUAAAGUUUUAAUUAUAUUUUUCUUGUUUCAUUUUCUCGUUUUAGUAUUAGGCUUUAUGUUUAAGUGGCUGGUCUAACCGCCCAUAUUUCUGUUUUAUUCUUAAGUUAUAUUUCAAUCUGUAUCAUAUAUGUUUUAAUUUACUUUUUAUUAUAAAUGUUUAAUUAUGCUUUCUCCACGACCGUUGUCUGAUGGUAUCAGAGAAACACAUAUAUAUAUAUAUAUAUAUAUAUAUAUAUGAAAUACGCUU